AUGAGACACGUUUUGCUGCUGCUUUGUCUCGGCUGUGGCCCAGUUCUAAGCUCCCGCUUUCCUCUUCGUCGAUACUUCUACGUGGACAUUGAAAAAACCUGGGAUGAAUCUCGAGCCUAUUGCCGGCAGAAGCACUCAGACCUGGCCAUAUUCUCCAGUGUGGAGGAGGCGCAGCUGGCCCUCAAACCGGCCGGCUUCAGCAGCUCCUCUGCUUGGAUCGAGAUUCAUGAUGAUCCCCAGAACUGGAAAGGGAACAUGACCGACAAGGCCAACUCCUGGAAGUGGUCUGCCACAGGCCGGGGCAGUCAGAGCGGCUACCAGAACUUCAAACUCCCAGAGGAACCCAACUUUUACGCUGGUCUGGAGACGUGCAUCAUCAUGAACCCGACAAAUGCGUAUUGGCGAGACAACGCUUGCUACGGCCUCAGACAUUUCGUCUGCUUCACGGAGACCGACACAGGCCCCUCCUACACCUACGUCAACAUGAGCAAAUCGUGGUCUGCGGCUGUGGACUACUGCCGCCAGCACUACACAGACCUGGCCAUGAUCGAAGACGAAGCCCAAAACCAGGCAGUCUUCAACUCCAAUAACGGUCAGCUGGUGUGGAUCGGUCUGUCGCGAAAUCCCUGGACCUGGGCAGACGGCAGCUCUUUGACGUUCAACAACUGGAUCGUAGGAAGAACCCUGAACGUGGGCGGUUCUGAGCACUGUGUGGCAGAGAACGACGAUCACCAGUGGAUGACUGCGCAGUGUCAGGACCUGAAGCCUUUUCUCUGUCAUGAAGUCCAGACCCUGAAGACCACGGUGAAGCUGAACAUACAAACCAGUGCAGACGCCGCCGAUGACAAAAUAUCGUCUGAGAUUCUGCAAAAGCUGGAGGCGGAGCUGAGGAGACGUGGAUUUACUGCCUUCAAACUCACAUGGACCAAGAAACCUGUGAAGACCUGA